GGCUCAGCCACCUGUCCAGGGAAGGAGGCUAGCUGUCAGCUCCAGCCCCAAGAGAGGGCUUCUCCCUGGUGAUGCCGCCCUUCUCCUGCAUGCCCCAGGCCGGCAACUACAGGCGGACGGUGCAGCGGGUGGAGGACGGGCACCGGCUGUGCGGGGACCUGGUCAGCUGCUUCCAGGAACGUGCUCGUAUCGAGAAGGCCUAUGCCCAGCAGCUGGCCGACUGGGCCCGCAAAUGGAGGGGUGCCGUGGAGAAGGGCCCCCAGUACGGCACCCUGGAGAAGGCUUGGCAUGCUUUCUUCACGGCUGCUGAGCGGCUGAGUGCGCUGCACCUGGAGGUGCGGGAGAAACUUCAGGGGCAGGACAGUGAGCGGGUGCGUGCCUGGCAGCGGGGGGCCUUCCACCGGCCGGUGCUGGGUGGCUUCCGCGAGAGCCGGGCUGCUGAGGAUGGCUUCCGCAAGGCCCAGAAGCCCUGGCUCAAGAGGCUGAAGGAGGUUGAAGCUUCCAAGAAGAGCUACCAUGCAGCCCGGAAGGACGAGAAGACAGCCCAGACUCGGGAGAGCCACGCAAAGGCAGACAGUGCCGUGUCCCAGGAGCAGCUGCGCAAACUGCAGGAGCGGGUGGGACGCUGUACCAAGGAGGCCGAGAAGACAAAAACGCAGUAUGAGCAGAUGUUGGCAGAGCUGCAUCGCUAUACCCCACGCUACAUGGAGGACAUGGAGCAGGCCUUUGAGACCUGCCAGGCUGCUGAGCGCCAGCGGCUUCUCUUCUUCAAAGAUAUGCUUCUCACCUUACACCAGCAUCUUGACCUGUCCAGCAGUGACAAGAGGCGGCUCCCCCUUCUGGGUGAGCCCGGCGCCGGGGCAGCGCUCGCGAGGACGUUUGAGCCAGCCCGCGAGCCGUCGCUCCGUCCCGGCUCCGGAUUGGCCGGGCUCCGGGCGGGCCCCGGCUCGGCGCGGCGUUUAUUCUCGCGGAGGGGCAGAGCUGGGGGCUGCUGA